UAGUUCAAUUUUUUCUUCAUAGACCAGGUACCUAGUUUGACUGGCGUUCGAUCAGUAUUUGGCGUUGUAUUUAGAUCAUAGAUUUGGCCCAAUUUGCUAAAAUUUAAUAAAAAUGGCAACUAAAGUUAACAGAGGUUGCGUUCCUGGACUGAGCAUCUGCCUUCUGCUCCUCUUCCACUGGAGGCUUGCGGCUAGCGCGGAUUAUGACGUCGAAGAAACGCUGAAGAACUUGCUUGCUUGCCAGGGGCGGGUACUGAGACAGCUUGAUGUUCUAUGCAAUGAGCAGAACCAAGAUGUGAAUGUAGUGCGGCAGCGCUUUGACGAUUGCUUGGAAGAGAAAUUUUCGCCGACUAACUUCGCUCUAAAUGACAUCCAGAACAAUUCAGCGUAUGUCGAUGUUGUAGAGGACGUAUCAGUGGUGUGUAACAGCAUCACUUGUGUCCGCGAAAAAGUGCCUGAAGAAGAAAUCGAGAUUACUGAAGGAAAUUGUCAGUGGAUGAUGGUACAGCGAAUGGACGCGUUGUACUCGCUCACGGCUGAACUUUCUGCUCUGAUCUACUCCGCUGCUUUCUACGGAACAUACGCAGUUCUUAUCGCUUAUCUGCUCGUUAAGGGCAGAUGCAAUGUCUCGUUUUGCGUCGAGAUGUCCUUGAUAUUCAUGUUUGGCUUCAUCGCGGAACGAUGCAAUUCCUUCUUUAUGGAAAACCUCUUCGGCGCAAGCUCGGCGACUGUUCGGAUGACGGAGCGCUGGUGCAAGAACUUCACGAUCCUGGCUGCCGCAAUACACUUUACGAGAUCUGCGUUGCUUGAAAAGAAGAAAAUUUCUCGGAAGUCGACGUCGAAUUCGUCAGUGGACAGGACAGCGAGCGUCGGCCGUUCAUGUGGCGGAACGGACGUUAGUAGCGACCUCUCCUCAGAGAAGACGGAAUCAGCUGCAGGCGUAGCACGGACUCCUAGUGAAGGCGCUGCAGCGAGUAACGUGUUCUCUGACCUGCUGGCUGUUUUCAUGAACUUCAUGGACUGUGUUUUCAUCGAGAAGAAACCAUUGGAAGAAAAAUCAAAAGACGAACAACAAACCAGAAGUAAUCCGAGAAUCUCAGUCACAUCACCUGGCACUCAAACCGUCAUUUCCCCUGAAGAAAACGUCGUUAGGAAGGCAACGCCCGGCUUCGAAAUUUUGAACAACUCCAACCUUUCGUUCUCCACAUCAGCCGACCGCUUGUCUAGGCAAGAAAAAGAAAGGUUGUCGGUGUCCACGACAGUGAACCGUGGAUCCGUCGAUCAGUUAUAUUCCCCGGAUGGUCAAUUGGCAAGGACGUUAGAACCCACAAGAAAAACGUCUGCCUCUGAUGACGAACUGCAAAAAAUGUCGUCCAGAGCUAAGGGGAAUAAUUGUUUUGCGGAAACUGAGACCAUGUCUUGCGUCGAUGUUAUUCCUGGAAAUCGGUGUCAUCUUGACAAAAGUUCCGAAUCUCUUGAGGCAUCUGAUUUGGACACAUCUAGAAGCUCGUACCAGGAGUAUGUAGAGAAAUUUGUUAAAGGAAUCAACGAUGAAUUGAUUCCUACUGACCCUGAAGACGUCUCUUUCUCCGUUGUGGACGAAUCUGACGAAAGUGAGUCGGAGACUGACGAAGAAAAUCAGGAGGUAUCGGACCAUGAAAUUGAGGACCUUCAACUUGACCAAACGGCCCACUCCGAAGGACUGCAGGAUACAAGCCUCGAAAGAAGUCAGCGGCUGAACCACUCACGUGUGGACUCGACGAUGUCCACUUGGGGCAAAACUGCUUUACUGAGCGAAUUGGAAGGAGUCGAAGACAUCGCGAUGACAACGGACGCUCCUCCAGACAGCCAGGACAGUUAGCGACCUUCUCUGUCUUCGCCUGCUCGUAGACAUCUUCAGUUUCUUACGGAAAUGUAGCUAGAAAAUCUCUAGCCCAUGUCUACGCGACUACUGCGAAGAUGGUUAGGAUCUCGACACCUAAAGAAAGGACCAAGGAAUGAAUGACCCCGCGGAUCAUUAUACGACGACUGCCCGUCGCCGUUAAAUUAACUCUCGUUGCAACUGUCGUAAUGAAUAGAUCUAGCUAUUCACAACACUCAAGAUACAAAUAAUCUGUCUCUGAUCAACGGUUGUGCUUAAUGAUACUUUGGUAAAAUUUCUUGUGCAUGUGCACUUCAUGUUUGCUUUUGUACAAGAUAUUGCGUUUGUAUUCAAAUUAAAUGUGUUCGAAUUU